CUUCGACCUCAAAACUGGACUUUGACCCUGCACGAAAUUUAACUGUGAAGAUAGAAGACAGCUCAUCCUUUGAGGCUGUGAUAUGGCCCACAUGCUGAUAGACCUCCAUGGCAAGGAGUCCGGGAGCAUUUGGACACGAAGACCUUCCCCUGUCAUAAAGAAUGGACUAUAUCUAGAAGUGAGUAACACGAAAUCCGGUCUCACUACACAAGGACGGCACCUUCAAUUCACAAGAGUGGCGUUUGGUAGUCAUGGCAACUGGUUUGUUGCCGGUGACCAACACGGACAUUUGUUCCUGUUUGACUUGGCCCGUAACAAGUACAAGCUGUUACACAAGGCUGGUCAGUCAUGCACGGCCCUGGGUGCAUGCAUCAGUCGACCCAACGAGGUGCUCAUGGCUCUCGCUGACUACACACUGCGCUGCAUCGAUGUUGAUACAAAUGAGGUGGUAGCCACCCUGCGAGGUCACGAGGCGUGUGUCAAGAGCCUGUCCCUAGCCAGCUCUGGUCGCCACCUGUUGGCCGUCUCCUCACGAGACUCUGUCCUCUGGGACCUCGACUCGUUUACCAGGGUACGCACCCUCAGUGGUGGACAGGAGGUCGGAGUUCAGGAUGUGUUCUACCUGCCCUUCUCUAAUACCAUCAUCUCCUGUUUCAAAGACGACUCCAUCCACGCCUGGGACGCAGACACUCUCGAUUACAAGUACGCCAUCCCUCCUCCACACAGCCCCACCCCUCACUACCGAUCUUUUGUUGCCUCCAAUGAUGGCCGACUCCUAGUGGCUGGGGGGCGAUCCAACUUCAUCCAUAUAUGGAAGACGGAGAGUAGACAAUUGUUGAGGAUCGUACAGCUGCCCUCGAAGGUCCGACUAGUGAAACAGCUGCUCUUCCUAAACAACAACAUGGACGGAGACUCUAGCGAGAGCUUGGGGUUCCUGGCUCAAGAUGGUAUCCUGCGGUUCAUAGAUAUUCACACGUGCAAGCUCCUCUUCCAACUGGGUUCCCAAGAGAACAGGCUGUCCUCGGCUCAUGCCAGUCCUGAUGGGGCCACCAUCACCUGUGUCAGUGAGAGAGGCAAUCUGUUACUGUAUGAUGUCCCCGCGGCCUCGCAUAACCUGCACAAGCCUCCAGCUCCUCUGGUGAAAAUGGUGGAAUACCCCAGAUCAGAGGACAAAAUCAAGCCAACGAAAAUGGCGUCUGGUGAUGAACCGCUCGACAGCAUCUCACGAGAGAAAUCUCCUCCAUUGAUUUCUCACAAGACUCUGACUAAGGCUAGAGACGUGCAGGAGCAGGAAGUGGGUGUGGCUAACAGUGGUCGGCUGAAGGUGGACAAACUCCUCUCCAUCUUAAAGGGCUACGGAGAGUACCCAUCCAAAUACAGGACGUUCAUAUGGCGUUGUCUACUACGUCUCCCUGACAACUACAAUGCAUACUCCUCCCUCCUGGACAAGGGCACCCACCCUGCCUUCAUCACCCUGCAUCAGACCUACCCCAUCAAGAGCAGGAAGCUACUCAGAGUACUACAGAGGACACUGUCAGCGCUUGGUCACUGGGCGUCCAUAUUUGCAGAGACCCCCUAUCUUCCCGGACUGGUGUUCCCCUUUGUGAAGCUGUUCCAGAACAACCAGCUGGUCACCUUUGAGCUCCUAGCCACCAUACUCCUGAACUGGUGCAGUCAGUGGUUUGAGUAUUUCCCCAACCCUCCUCUCAACGUGCUGGCCAUGGUCGAGAACACUCUGGCACAUCACGAUGCUACACUACUGGAGCACCUCAUCAAGCAUGGAGUCACCUCACAUCUGUAUGUGUGGCCCCUGAUGGAGACCCUGUUCUCUGAGGUGCUCUCUCGUGACGGCUGGCUGCGUCUGUGGGACAAUGCCCUCUCCAACCAUCCCGGGUUCCUGCUCCUCCUGGUCACCUCCUACCUUGUCUCUGCUCGUGGGGCUCUCCUGCAGUGUGCUCGCAUCGAGGACUUUCAGUACUUCUUCCAUCACACGUCAACAGUGGACGUUGGAGCAGUCGUUCAGGAGGCCUAUCACAUGCAACAGACCACACCCCCUGACAUCCAUCCAGAGAAACUCCUCCCCUCGUUUGAGCCGCUAACGAGAGGGGCUUACCCCGUGUUCAACAAGUACCCCAAGUUCAUUGUCGACUAUCAGAUAGUCGAGAGAGAGAGAAUUCGCAAAGAGGAGCUAGACUACCUCCGUGAGAGACAGAGUGCUCUUGAGCUGGAGAGACUGACAGAGCAGCGACGACUGGAGGAGGAGGCAUGGACCCGCCAGCAAGCACUGCUCAUGGAUGCUGAGGAACAACGUCGGAAAAUGAUUCAGGUGGAGGACAUGAGGCUCACCGAUCAGAGGGCAAGACUGCAGGCGCUGAAGAGGGAGAUCAAAGUGAAGGAGGUCAAUGUGUUGGAUGCAGCCAGACAUAGGUUCCUCUCCAACCAGCAGACAGUGCGUGAGACAGAGCUGGCCAGGAUGGACACCGAGAUACAGAGGAAGGUGACCCAGCGUGAGAGAGAGACAAAGAAUGUGCUGACUGACAUUGAGACACGGGCUCUGGAGUUGGAGAGACAGAAAGCCCUCCUCGAGCAGGAGCUGGCCCGCUCUCAAGAGGAGAUGUUGUAUCGUCUUCGAACGGACAUGGCCACUCAGGGUCAUCGUCACGAGGUGGAGCAGGGCAUGUUGGAGAGAGCUGUGGAAGAGGAUGCUGCCAGAGAGAGGAGCAAACUGGAGGCUGCUCAGGCUAAAUUGGCUCGUAGUCAGGCAGAGCUGGCCAACACCCGGAUACUGGCCGAAGCUGGAGCACGGAGGACACUCGGGGACGUGGAAAGGGAUAUCAAUACAGAGGAGGUUGUCAUUAAGGCACGUGAGACUCGGUUCAAGGAGAAGCAACUCCGUUCACUCACUGAGGAUCUCACAAAAACUCACCUGGAUCAACACAAACAAGAGCUUAGAGUGGGAAAGAACAUUCAGUCCCGUGCCUCGUACCCGAGUGGAGUGGGUGGUGAAUUGGGCGUGUCCCAGAGGGAAAGAAUAGCUGUGACCUCUAUGACCUCUAGCUCUGAGGACCCCAGCACUACAGGCAGCAGCUCUUACGGACACUCAGCGUUGGACUGGUCUCGUCGUCGUGACGUCCUGGACAGACAAGAAGCUGACCUGCUCUCACGAGUGAACGAGGUACGACAGAGGGUGGUUGCAGGACAGGUCAACUCCACAACCUCGUACACUAACUCCAGACACCUCUGAAUAAUUCAAUUCUAACACUCUUACAUGUACAUGUAUUUAUCGGACACUCGGUGUAUUAUUCUACAAGUUAAUAAUUGUCGUUGACAAGCUUGUCUGGUUUUAUCCUCAUCCCUUUCAUUCAUACAAACGUGUACAUGACUGUAUAAUUUUGACGAGUC